GAGAACCACUGCAAAACCACGCUCCCACUUCCAGCCCCUGAAGCUGCUUCAAGAGAAUACCAUGGUCCAUGCUUGCAAAGCAAUAUGGGAACAUCUAUUCUCUGUGGGGCGGCCCUUAUCAUAUCAUAAUCCUCUCUGGAUAUCAAGCUGUGAAAGAAGGACUAAUUGACCAUUCAGAAGCUUUUGCUGAUCGCCCGGUCACACCUUUCAUUUUAGCUUCCACUCAAAAAAGGGGCAUUGUCUUUUCAAAUGGUCACACCUGGGAGCAGCAAAGACGGUUUGGCAUUGUCACCAUGAGGAAGUUGGGACUGGGGAAUAAAGGCAUAGAAUCUCAAAUCCAAGAAGAAGCCCAACAGCUUGUGGAAUUCUUUGCAGAGACAAAAGGGCAGCCAUUUGACCCAUCGCUACCCAUCGUGAGAUCAGUCUGCAGUGUGAUUUGUGCUGUAGCUUUCGGACGUCGCUUUUCCACUGACGAUAAGGACUUCCUGGAGUUGAUGGAAGCCAUUUCGAUUUCCUUAAAAUUUGGAAGCAGUAUCUUUUACCUACUUUAUGAAAAUUUCUCAAAUAUCAUGAAGCACCUGCCAGGCCCUCACCAGACUGCCCUAUCUGCUCUGGAGAGAAUAGUUUCGGUUGCGAGGAAGGAGAUCACCCAGCAUAAGGAGAACCAGAACUUGCAUGCACUACAGGAUUUCACUGACUCCUAUCUAUUUCAAAUGGAGAAAAGGAAGGAUGAUCUCCGUUCUACUUAUAAUGAAGAUAACUUGGCUCAGUGCAUUGCUGACCUCUUUAUUGCUGGGACAGACACAACAUAUGCCUCCUUGGAAUGGGCAAUGCUUCUCGUGGCAAAUAAUUUGGAUAUCCAAGAUAAAGUUCACAAGGAGGUGGAUGAAGUUUUUGGUUCUUCGCUCUCAAUCUGUUACAAUGACCAGAAGAAACUGCCCUACACCAAUGCUGUGAUUCAUGAGAUCAUACGAAAAAAAUAUGCCUUCCUAUUUGGGCUUCCCAGACAAUGUGUACAGGACAUUUAUCUGAAUGGUUUUCUCAUUCCCAAGGGUGCUGUCAUUUUCCCAGAUUUACGGUCUGUCCUUUUGGAUCCUGAACACUGGGAAACACCUGAAAAGUUCAAUCCAAAUCAUUUCUUGGACAAGGAAGGACAUUUUGUAGAAAAAGAAGCAUUUCUUCCCUUCGGAGCAGGAGCUCGUGCCUGUUUGGGGGAACUCCUGGCCAAGACUGAAUUCUUCAACAUUUUUACCAGGCUGUUGAGGCAAUUUAGGUUGGAGCCACCAGAAGGAGUGGAAAAGCUCAGUGAAAAAUCUAUAAUCGGGGUCUCUGUGCAUCCCUCUCCUUAUAAGAUUUGUGCUGUCCCCCGUAUCAGGAUAGCAUAAUAUGGGCAAUUAUCAAGAGCGACUCAUUUGUUAAUGCUACAAUCUCUCCUUUGUUCAAUAUGUUUGUAGAUGGAUCACCUUUAAGGUCUUG